AUGGCGGAAGCUGAAGCUGAAUUGAUCCACACUGCUCAUGAGCAUAUAAAUCUGCACGACAAUGAAACAAAACCGCUUUACAUUUCCAAGAUUGUUCUAGAUGGUGAUAACGGGUCUAGUCCCCUUUCUGACUCCCUUUGCAGAGCUAUCUUUGGUGAAGCUCUGAAUCAACCUCUACAAAGUGUGGAAAACAGUAUUAAUAUUUUUGAGGACAUCAGAAAGAAACUUUUGUUUACAGGGCUCUUUUCAGAUGUCAAUAUUACUUUGGAUAAAGACCCUGAUACUACAUCCUUAAGCCAGUUGAAUAAGGAGAUUUCUGAAUCUUAUGGUAUAGAGACUCCUUUAUCAACACAGGCAAAGGUUUUGUUAAAACGUCCCGACUACAACACUAUAUCUGGUACUACUACACUUUCUGAUGACAAUAUUUCAUUGGCGGGUUCUAAGACUUGGAAAAACCUUUUGGGACAAGCAGAUGCAGAGAAUCUACGUUUGGGCUUCAAUUGGAAUCCUGUUACAAGCCAAUGGGACGGUAAGGAUGCUAGAUUUAGUUUUUCCUUGCCCCUAGUUAAAGUACCCUCUGUGAGGGCAAUAGUAGAGGCAGAAGGUAUUCAGAGAUCUUUAUGUUCGAAACCAUUCGUGGCUCCUGAAGAUGAACAUGUCCAGCAACAGUAUGCUGUAGGUGCAGGUUUCCAAAAACGCUGGAUCUGUAACAUUUCAAAAUCUGUUCCCCUGCUGUACACUGGUGUAUCUGUGGUUCGUAGAAAUUUGAACGAAUUUAAACCAACUGCAUCCGAACUAUAUGCUCCUUUCAAAGGUCCAUUUGAUAAGACUAGUUUUGUGACAUCUUUUACCCAUGAUACGAGGAGAUUUAUUGGUAAUUUCCCUCUCUCUGGAUGCCAAUUCCAGCUCAACAACGAAUACGUUAUCUCACAGUCACAGGGCUCCUCCAAGCAAUUAAAUCAUGAUAACAAUUUUAACAAAACAGCAUUCCAUUUGGAACACCAUGCAUCCCAUUGGAAAGACAAGAUUACGAGAUCUUUCCAGUUACAAGGUGGUGGUAUUUACCCAUUGGGAUCUGAAGCUCAAACGGUGCAUCCACUUGACAGAUUUCAACUAGGUGGCCUCAAUUCCUUGAAAGGAUUCCAUCUGAAUGGUGUUGGUACUGGUGGUCAAAAUUUCUUCUACAAAUUGGGACUAAGCAUCUCUCACAAAUUGAUAAACACACCAACGAAAUCUCCCCUAAGACUGCAGUAUUUUUUCAAUUUGGGUAACGCUUCCUCUGAUUACAAAACCAUUUUUAACUCAUAUGCUGCAGCUACAGGUUUAAGUCUGGUUUACAAGACUCCACAGGCCUUAUUAGAUCUAACGUAUGCUCAUCCAUUGACCUCUAGACCUCAAGACUUAUCUAAACCUGGAUUGUCGUUAGGUGUAUCACUGACAUUCUUUUAG